AUUCUGGCUCUGACAGCAAAGGCCUCUGUUAGAAAAGAACAUGUAUUUAUUUAGCAGCCUCCGCAGUGUCAAUCAAAACAAUGGCAGCUCAGGUCACUGAAUCAGACCAGAUCAAACAGUUCAAAGAAUUUCUGGGAACCUACAAUAAACUGACAGAAAACUGCUUCAUGGAUUGUGUGAAAGAUUUCACCACAAGAGAGGUCAAGCCAGAAGAGACUUCAUGUUCUGAGAGCUGCUUACAGAAGUAUCUGAAGAUGACGCAGAGGAUCUCCAUGCGCUUUCAGGAAUAUCACAUCCAGCAGAAUGAAGCGUUGGCUGCUAAAGCCGGUUUAUUAGGACAGCCACGAUAAUCAUCUGCUGCUGGACUGAACUCCAGACUGUUUCGCCAGGGUCUCUCUAUUCCAGCAUGGAGCAGAGCGGCAUGGCAGAGGACGCAGGCACUGCGAAUACUGUGAGAAGUCCUCUAACUGGAUCGUCGGAAAUUUUAGUUUCCCAAAGGACAGACACUCUCGUUUUGACCAUUAUGCUGGUCUUCCCUAAAACACGAAAGAUCUUGACUGUUUUUAUGUUAAUGUGCUCCAAAAUAAAAUAUUAGUCAACUCUAA